CUGGUACGGUGUGUGGAAUUGCUUCAGUACCUUCACAUGAACACUUCAAUUUUUUUCACGGUAUAUUUGGCUAUGUAAUUUUCGUUAUGGCAAUUCAACAGCCUUUCAACGCAAUGCUACGACCUCAAGGGACAACUCGGGAGUUUAGCUGGGCACAAGCCAUUUGGCAUUUCUGGCAUAGAUGGCUAGGACGACUGGUUUUGAUUUCGGCGACGGCAAAUAUCACUUUGGGAUUGUUUUUGGCGGUAUCACCUUCGCUCGUGUGGAAGCUAUGGAUUGUGUAUGUGGUCUUGUGGAUCGGAAUUUUCGUCGUUGCCGAGAUUCUCAAGCGUCCUACAGAAAAAGAGCUACGCAAAGAAGCAAAAAAGUCGGUCUUAUACGGUGCCUCUAAUCCUCACCGAAUGAAUCGCGGAGAAACAAACACAUUUACCACAGUAUUUUAAAAACAAAAGCAUCGCUACUUUAAUAAUUAUAUCAUAUAUUCUGUCCAGCCUUCUUUGAUUAAUGAAAAUUAUGUAAUAUGAGGAUUUUCAUUGAAGUGAAUGAAAUUUAUUGAUGAUUUUUGAAAAA